AGGGAGCUCUUCGUUAUCUAUUUGUCUCUUUCUCUCUCUAUCUCUCUCUCUCUCUCUCUCUCUCUCUCUCUCUCUCUCUCUCUAUCUUUUUCUUUCUCUUCCUUCGUAUCUCUAUCUUUCUUUCUCUCUUCGGUGAGCGAUCGGUUCGCCGAUCUACAUACGUUCUACCGGAUACGGCCAAUGAAGGCACGUAAGAGCCGCGAGAAACGUAAGUUCACCAAUCUCAGGGCCAAGAUCGUCCGUAAUCCGUGGUGCGUUAUCAGCGUGGUGCGCGAUCGCAGCUAGGACAUUCGACGAUGUCUCUCCUCCUCGAUGAUCGUCCUCGAGAAGCCGCGGAGUGAGGAUUUCUUAUUCCGCGAAGGGAGAACGAACGAAACGAGCUUUUCCAUAUUCGCAUUUUCCUUCCCUUUUUUCCUAUUUUUCAUUAUAUAUAUAUAUACAUAAUAUAUAUAUCUCUCUCUCUCUUUUUUCACUUUCUCUCUCUUUCUCUCUCUCUUCAUUCCUUUUUUCCUCCUUUUAUUUCUUAUUCAUCUUCGUUCGCUCUUACUAGCUGCAAACGUAAUUCGCCGAGGUGCAUCAGCGCCAAGAGUCGAUGGAGAUGCAGCGCCAAGAGGGAGAACUUGAAGAACUCGGGGGCGUUUUAGGGGGUUCUGGAGGCGGUACCUUAACCUUGGGAGGACGUCACAAGCCCGAGGAAUUGGCAACCUUAGCAGCUAACACGAGAUUUUCAAGAAAGGAGAUACAAUUGAUUUAUCGUGGAUUUAAGCAAGAGUGUCCUUCCGGAUUGGUCGACGAGGAAGCUUUCAAACAAAUCUUCUCGCAAUUUUUUCCACAGGGAGAUGCCAGUCAGUACGCUCAUUACGUGUUCAAUACUAUGAAGAGGAAACACUCCGGUAAAAUAAGUUUCGAGGAGUUCCUGACGAUUCUAUCAAAAGUAUCUCGAGGUUCGGUGGAGGAAAAGUUACAGUGGGUUUUCGGAUUAUAUGAUCUAGAUGGCGAUGGAUUAAUCAGCAAGGAAGAAAUGUUGGACGUCGUUGGAUCCAUUUAUGAAAUGCUGGGUCGUUAUACUCAACCGCAAAUAGUCGAGCCGCAUUUGGCUGCACGCGAACACGUCGAUCGUAUAUUCCAUCUAAUGGAUGCGAACAAGGACGGCGUUGUAACUAUCGAGGAAUUGGUGCAAUGGUGUUCUAAGGACGAGCAAUUAUUACGAAGUCUCGACACUCUUGACACAGUAUUGUGAGAGUUUAACGUUACUUUCGUAUCUUUUCCAUUAAGUUAUCAAAAGCUUUUUCAUUUUCUUCCGCGAUCGAUAACGUACAGCGUAUAAAAGAGUUUCAUGAGUUCCAUUUAUGGAGGACGACCGUUCUAUAUUAAAUUCCGAUAAUAUCGUAUCUUCGAAUCUCUUUCUUACUAUUUCGAUAUAUUAUGAAAAAAAAGAAAGAAAACAAAGAGAAAAAAGAAUGGUGAUUUUUCACAAUACGCAUUAAUAGGGAUAGCAUAAAAACAGGAUCGUAUCGUAUAAACCUUAAAGGCAAUCAAAUCAUGGAUUUUUAAUGUUUCAAAAUAGUCACUGGUAUAGAAAUAUAGAACGGUACGUCUCUUGGAAAUGAUACUAUGAAAACUAUUUCAAUACGCGUUUGUAAAUAUGUAUGUACCUACCCUACCUACCCAGUCUUUCAACCGUGCCACGUCAGAGUACGAUAAUUGACAUUAUCGAAACUUUCAGCGGACAUCGUUCAAAUAGCGUGUCACACACUUAUAACUUUAUUAAAAUAUAGGAACUAUAUUUUACUCUAACGUAACUUCCACGAUUCAUGAUUACCGAUGAAAAUUUAGGUAGACGAAUUUCUUAAAAUUUUACUUUAAUUAUAUCGAUCGAUCGAUAUAUCAUAUACUUUAUUUCUUAAUUAAUUAUAAUCAAUCGAAAUAUAUCUUUAACGCUUUUUCUAAUUUUCAUCAAGUUCGACGUAAUUUAUUCUUUAGCUUUCUACACAUCGAUUUAUAAACGUACGAUUUUUAUACUUUUUCAUAAAUUUUAACUUAUAUUUAAAGCUUUGAAAUGGCUGUUCCAAUGCAUAACCAUGACAGAAAAAUGCCAAAACAAUAAAAUGAAAAAAAAAAAAGAAAGAAAAGAAACGCGAACGGAUUUUGAUAUUAAAAACGUCAAAAGUGGAAGUACGUGAUAUCAAAGAGCUGAUUUCGCCGAAGAUAAUCUUAGAAAUUAAUAAUGGUGAAACUACAACAAAAUGAAUAAAAGGAAAUUAGAUUUUUUCGAUGCAACAAUUUUUCCUGGGGCCUUUUAAAUGCUAGUUAUGCUCGUUAAAAUGAAAAAGAAAAAAAGAACAAAACGUCUUUAUUCGUAUUUUAAAAUGAAAUCUUAGAGAAAUUCUCCGUGACCAUCUUUAAACGGAUUUUAAAUAACAUUCCUCACUUAUAAGUGAUUUUAUCCAAAAUUAUAAACCUAUUAGCGGGCAUAUGUGUCUUAUCCAAAGGAUAAAGUGAAGAAAAAAAAUGAGAGACAUCCCAACGGAGACAUCGUCAUAAUGUGACUAAAAUCUCUUGAUCAUUUCGAAUGAAACCCGAAUGAAUUUCGAAUGAAAUUCGUAUUAACCUAAUUGCUAUCUGAUUACGUUGGGUGUCUCACGUUGAAAUUUGCAAUAUGAAUGAAUAUUGUAUAGUACCUUGGUAGUCUCGACCAAAUAAAUGAAGCGUUAGCUAAUACAAGCCAACGCCUCGUGUGAUUCUCCUGUACCUUAUUUAUUUACUUACAGAUUUUAAAAUACAAUCUAUCGAUAUUAUGACGAUGUUUAUUAUAUCAACGUUAGUAGGUGUAUCAAUAACAUGACGUAUGUAUAGCAUAUUGUUCGAAAUUGAUUUCAUUAGAAUUAAUGAAGAAUUUUUUUUCUUCGCAGCUUUCUUUUCUUCGAAAAAUACUUCGUUGUUGUUCAGUUAACAAUUAAUAUUUAAAAUAUUUAAGAGUGUGAAGAAAAGAAAGCUCUUUUUUCUUUAGCGAAAUCAAUUAGCAACAAUGUGCAUAGUACAUUCGAUUUGUGAAAUAACGCGAUACAUCAAAUAUCAAUAUAAUAUGUCAAUCGUCAAAUAUGUUGAAAAAAAGUUAAAUAAGUUUAUAAGAAAAAGAAUUCUAUAUGCGAUAUAUUCGAUAUGCAGGGUAUAUUACGUACUUUUCAUAUUUUUCUGCUGAAUGAAUUAAUGAGAGAUUCUUUAUGAAAUUAAUUCGAAUCUAUAUACAUGUAUCAAUUUUUAAUAGCUUUUCUUAUAGCAAAAUAUGUAAGAUUAUUUUGCGUAUUUUUCUCACAAGCAUCCUGUAAUGUUUCAUUUAUUUUUAUUACAACAUUUAAGACAUUUUUGGUACGCCUCUCAAGAUAUGUAAAUAAUGCGUUAAUGCAAUUUCUAAUCCGUACACAUUCGAUGCAAAAAAACUAUUCUAUUGUAAUAUACUUAUCUACUUUACUAACAAAAGUUAGCGUAUGUCCGUUUGUUCAAAUCAAUAACCUGCAUAGAUUCCAACAGUUCUAUAAGCGAUGUUCGCAAUAUUAUCUUAAAAAAUUUCCGUACUUUUAGGACACAUUCAAAACUCUCUAAAAUAGCGUAGCAAUUUUAAUGUAUUCCCGAAUGCUUAUCACGAAAGUGCAUGUUCAUUUUAAAAAAAAAUCCAAAUCUCUGCCUUUAGAUAUAAAUAUACAAAUAAUUGUCAUUCACAA